AUGGCCGUGCCGACGCCUCCAAUCCCCCCAGUCUCGCCAGACUCGGGCCCUACCGAUCCUACGCUACCCAAGCUUCCCGCGGGAUGGAUAGCCCAGUGGGACAAUACAUCCCGAAAGUACUACUAUGUCCAGAUCAGCACUGGUGUUUCGCAAUGGGAGCUACCCACUAGCGAAGCGCCUAUAGGUGGCAGUUCGAACCACAGCACUCCCGCACAACACACGAACCCAUACAGCAGCCCAGACGGCACAUCAGGACCAGGCGCAAGCGACGGAACAAGAGGCAUGGGCGACGGACAAACAGGCGACAGGGGAGGCGGACUGGGCGGCUUCGCCAUGAACGCGCUCAUGGGAGGCAACAAGCAAAAUAACGGUGGCCACGGUGGUAGUGGUGGCGGUGGCGCUGGAGGCCUCGUCGGUCAACUUGCUGGCUCGUUGCUUGGAGGUGGAAAGCAAUCUGGAAACUCUUCCGGCAGCCACGGCGGCAGCGGUGGUGGUGCUGGAGGGCUAGUCGGCCAACUUGCCAGCGGUCUGCUAGGUGGUGGCAAGCAGCACGGAAACUCUUCUGGAGGACAGCAGGGUAAUAACUCUGGCCAUGGUUCGAGCGGUGGUGGUCUUGCCGGCGGCCUCGGAGGUAUGCUCAGCGGCGCGUUGGGCGGAGGAUCUCACGCCAAGCCGAACAACGAUUAUGGCUAUAGCGGCUCUGGCGCCCCAUCCGGUGGAUCGUACACUGGUACCGCGCCGCCCUCCUCGUACAACCCUGGCUCUCAGUACGGCGGUGGCCCUCAAGGUCACUCGGGCCACUCAUCUACCCCCGGACAGUCGUACGGCCAAGGACAUGGAAACCAGGGACAGGGACACGGGGGCUAUGGCUCGCAACAACACACUCCACAGCCACAACAGGGACACGGUUAUGGCUCACAGGCCGGUUUUGGUGGACAGUCUGGUUAUGGUGGACCAGCUCCUAGCUACGGUCAGGGACCACCAUCAUCAGGUCCCGGCGGCUACGGCCAGCAAGCGGGAUACGGAGGCCCUGCAUACGGCGCUCCUUCUGGCCCCUACGGUGGCCCAGGAAACUACGAUAACCACCAGCACAACCAGUAUGGUGGUGCCCCGACACAUCAGAACCAGUACGGUGGAGGCCAACAGUAUCCCCCACCUCCAGGUCAAGGAGGCAACUACGGCGGCUCACAGGGUCACCACGCACCCCAGCCCGGCUGGCAGUAA